CGACACAAAAUUCUGAUCCUGCAGCUGAAGUUUGAAACUUUGAUGAUCGAGGAUCAUUUAACAGGAUCAAGUUUUUAAAUUUCUUGAAUUAUUCACUACAGGAUUCGUGAUUCUAUUGAUUAAACAUAGAUUAGAUGGCGUCUUUAACUGUUUUUCGUAACUUGUGCUUUAUAUCAUCAUGCUCCCCACUCUGUUUCAGAAAAAAUAGAACCCUAGCUCUCACUCCAUCUCCUUUCCACACUUCCACUACUUUUCUAAGGUUAAAGAAACAAACCCAUUUCUCAAACAUCAAUUUCAGCAAACCCAUAUGCCCAAAACGCAGCUCCACACUUGUUUACGCGGCACAGUCCAACUUCUUGAAAGCUCUUCAAACAGUUUGGAAAGUUGGGAAGGAUGGAAUUGAGGCUGGAACGGAUCUGGUUCCGGACUUUGUACCUAGACCCAUGGCAAGGAUUUCUGUCACAGUAGUUGCAGUGAGUGUUGCCCUGUUUGUACUCAAGUCAUUCCUAUCAACAGCUUUCUUUGUGUUGGCCAUGAUGGGACUUAUAUAUUUCACGUUCAUCGCCUUAAACAAGGAUCAAGGGUCAAAAGGAGGUCGAGGCAGUAACUCUGCAGAAGGCCCUCUAGAUGACCCCGUGGAAGAAGCAAGAAGAAUAAUGGAGAAGUACAAGAGACAAUGACCAGGGGAGGGAGAUUUCUCAAUAAUCAAAUUUCAGGUGAUGAUGUCCCACCUAAACGUGUGAGUAUUUUGAUCUUGAUUUGGUCUAUGUUGCAAGUCCAGAAGUCCUACCGGUUUGAUACAUAGAUUUCAGGUAGGGUGCAGCUGCCUCAUAACCAGGUGAUGAGGUGAAUGAGGUGCAGGCCUGGCAAAAUUCCCUGCACUUUGUUGAAAUAGUUUUUCCUUUCCUCCGAUGCCCUCAUUUCUUUCAAACGAAACAAACUUCAUAGAGAAUUCAUCCUCCAUCCCAGUGUAAUGAAUCUCGCACCUAAAUAAUAGCUUAAUUGAUAAAAUCCAUGUGAUUCGUGCUAUCUUUUAUAUGAGCUCGAUUUUCUCGUCUUCCAUAUAAAAACAAGUAAAAAUAAAUUUAAUGACUCAUU